AUGGCCCCUGGACGUAAACACGAAGUGAAGAGGCGAGAGAGGGUAGAGCUUUACCGGUGCCGCCUGACCCAUGGAGGAAAGAAAGGCCGCGCAAAGCUGAAACUCCUUCCGCACACCCCCAGCAAGAGAAAUCAAUCUCUUUCCCCGCGCAAACUUUCGUCCAAAUCUUCAGUUCAACAGACGUCGGCCAGGAGGGAAACAGCGUUUAUCGAAGGAGACAUGGACCACGGGGAAUUCGUUACUUUCGAUGUCGGUGGAAUUGGGAAUUCAGGAUCCAAGACUACCCAUGAGUACAUGGGUGAGUGGGUUCCAAAGGAGAGGCUUUACCUACACGAAAUUCUCGCCCAAGAAGCUCUUCCUAACCCAAUGUCUUGGGAAACCUGUGUACUGUACCGACUGCUGCAGACAGCUUCAUUCGACAAGCCCGCUGCAUCGUGUUCAGCUCUGGAAGAAUUCACAUUUCCAGCCAUCUUGGCUUUGGAAGUCGGGCACGUCGCCGAACAUCCGCAUGCUGACCCAACACUGGACUGGACUGAUAAUGAGGACUUUACCUUUGGUGCAAAGCCGAACCAGAGGCUUCAUCUUGGCUCAAAGAUCAUGUGUGUGGUGCACACCAACGGCGUCCAUUACCUGCCCUUCGUGUUCUGUCGCUGUGCCGAAGCACCGUCCGAUGAAGUUCAGUUACUUCGACAUGGCUUCUAUCCAGCUACCUUCAGGGAUAUCCGGACUGUCUUCACACAUGCACUGCUCGACGACUAUCUCUUGGAAAUGUUGGAAUGCUUUACCUCGACUCAUCAUUACUAUUCGAAGCUACGACGAAUGACGAACAAAAACUUUCCUCAUUCAGUCCCCGAUCGUACUCGAGAACUUCGGAGGGCUGGGCGCCAAUGGAGGCGCUUGAAGGAUUUGAAACAGUUCGGGUUCGGGCACACGAGGAAAACUCCCGGGAGGGGGGACAUGGCAUUGUUCUGUGCCGCAUGCCCUCAACCUGGGAUAAACCUACCGGAAGACUGGAAGAGUGAUCGCGAAGAUUGGAAGUACCAAAGAAGCUUGGUUGCUGAUGGCAACUUUGUUUUGGUUCAUCGGAAACAAAAAAGGCAAGGGGAGGGCGAUGUGUUCUUGAAAAGUGGGGAGGGAUACAUGACUGAGAGAACUCGGUACAAGGAGCAUCUCAAGGCUGCGGAAGAACGAAAAGAGCCUCAAACAUGUCACGAGCACCGGGCGAUUGCAGACAGAAGUAAGGGCCACAAGGGGUGCGAUGUCACAGGGGUUGGCGCGUUUGCAUGUAUGAGACAUGGCUGCUUUGCGCCUGGGAGUGUCGUGGAUUUCCAGAAGGGAGAACGACAGGUCAAUAUGGACUACGGCUUCUGCGAAGCACUCAAGACCACCCAUACCGACGAACUGUCGAAGGUUCUGCUAGUGUACGACAUCAAUUGUCAGUACAGCAAGCACCUAUUUGAACGGAUCGAAGAGUCAGAUCAUCUCAGUAUUAACGAGAAGCUGACUGUCAUUUUUGGCAUUGGUCUAUUCCAUGUUCAUGGACACCAGGACUCGUGUUUCGCUCGAUACGCGCUUACGUUCAUCCGGGGGGCGGGGAUGAGUGCUGGCGAGAUCUUGGAGCCUCUGUGGUCUGUGAUCAAUUUGGCAGCGGGACCAACCUCUAUGAUGACCUUGGCGCAGAGAGACGAGGCCCUGGAUGACUUCAUUCUGGACAACAACUGGAAAAAGCUUUUAGGACUGGUGCCAUCGAUCUGUAAGCGCUGGGAAGCGAGUCGUAUUGAGCUGGCGAUCGCUGAAGAGGAUUUUGAGUUGUUGGAUGAAACAGCCUCGGACGCACAAAAACGGCUGUGGUCUACCCAACUGGAGAACACGCACAUUGACCGGGAGGUGGAUGUCAAUAGCAUGGAUGUGCUCAAUAUCAAGCUGAAGAAGCCACCCUCGAAGGCAAAGGUACAGCACGACUUAAUGUCAGCAGAGCGAGCUUCGAACAGUGGGCUUGGCGUCACCUCUUGGCUAAUCGCUGGGAUCAAGCUCCAAGACGCACAGGACAGUCUUAGGGCUUUCAUUUCCGGCUUACCAAGAGAGAGUUUGAGAACAGACCAGCAGCGCCUCGAGGUCACAAAGCGCCGAGAAAACCUUCAAGCUGCCAUCAACACAUUCUACGAGGACGCAGCCGUGCUUUUCCCCAACGUCAACCUGUACGAACUACGAUGCGAGAGCCCACCUGAAGCCUCAGUCGAAAUAGAUGGGGACGAUGAUGGGAAUCGUGAUGACAAUCCGAGGAGCCCAUUCUCUGUGUCUCAGAAUGAGCCCGAGGAUGUCGAAAUCCCUCUCCCAUCAUCUUUUGUCGAUCUUCCGGAUGGCCUUGGCAGUGCAGCUGAGAAGGAACUGAAGAUUCGCGUUGCCCAGGCGGACGAUGCGCUGGAAUCAGUGAGAAUUGAAAUCGGGCACAAGUCUUACCUUUACCGAUCCAACAUACGCUUGGCGCACGGAAAACAGCAGCGGCUGCGAGGAUACGCCGCCGUGAAAGCAGUCGACAAGAACAUGCGUCUGCACAUCAAGUCUUACAACCGCGCAAGGUGGGCACUUGGAAGACUCGGAGCUGAACGCGAAGUGCUCCAACGGUACCGGGAGGUCAGAAAGGAGGAUACGCGGGCCAUAACAGCGGUUUACGAGCCCAACGCCAGGAAUCAAAGGAAUGUUCCUCUGUCUUGGAUUUGGACUAUGGACGUCGAGGGAGACUCACAAAAUUCCGAGUAUCUUGAAGAAUUGUACCGGGUCAAUUGGCUGCGUGCCAGGUCCCGUGCAGAUCGUUGGAAGGAGGAACAUAUUCUACUCACUUCUGAGAUGGAGUGGGUUCCCAACUUUUUCGCUUUUAAAGAGGAUGAAUGCAAGGCUUGGGCAACUCUGACUCGAGAUCUACCAGGGCACCGUGCGUAUGCGAUCCGCCAAGCCAAUAUGUGGAGGCUGAUGGGAGUACACGCGGAGAAAGCAUUCGCCGAGGUGAAGGCCAAAGCCAAUUCGAAUAGGGUUAGGGUCUGA